AUGAGUUCCAAGUCACCAUCGUGCACACAAGCCUCUGGUUCCAACCCCCUCCAUGAAUCCCGGAAGCUCAGCGAGGAGGCAGAAGCUGCAGCUAAACGAUACCAGGAUGAAUGUAUAGAAGACUUGACUGCGCCUUGGUACGGGAACACUUACCCUACAUACGAUGCAAUCGAGUGUCUUCUCGCUGGAUUGGAAUUGCCUCCAAACGCGAUUUUCCCCCCAACUCCAACCCCCACUUCUGCGGGUGUGGUAUCCAAACCCAAGGGCCCUCCACCAAUCGAUCCAAAUCGGCCACUGCUUUUCCAGCCACUGCAGACGUUGCCUAAGGAGUCAUGGGAAUUCUACGAAGAGCAAGAGGCAUUAGAUAGACAACGGAAAGCUGCUGCAGCUGCAUCGACCAGGAGGUAG